UUUUUAAAAUUUAUAUUUCUAAAUUUUCAGUGACUGAAAACUAUUCCAUGCUAUAUAGAUGAACCAUUUGACCAAUGCUUGUUUUUGGACACUUAAAUGUUUUUCUGUUCUUUUUCUCUUUCUCUUCUUUCUUCUAUUCUUUCUUCUUGUUAUUUACUGCUGGUAUAAUUUUUUUUCUGGGAGUUCAGGGUUUGUUCGUCAUCAUAUAUGUGUGCAUGUGGCUAUUUUUUAAACUUUAACUUGGGCUUUUUGGGGGCAUGAGGGUAGGCUAUUAGUUACAGUGCCACCCUGUAUUUUCAAGGGUAGAGACCCAUAUCUUAUUCAUACUUGUCUUCCCAGCAUGUAUCAUUAUGCCCAGUACAGUGGGUAUUCAUUGAAAAAUUAUUGUUGAGUUCCAGAAAUCUGAGGGCCAUUUGACAAAUACAUGAGCAUUGACCGUGUACUUGGAAUACAGGAUAUAAGUGUGAACAAGACAUUGCCCUUAGCUCUCAUGGUGCUUAGAAUCCAUAAGCUGAGGUACUAUUCAGGGUUUAGGUUAGAGACGGCAAUCAUGUUAAUGUGAGAAUCAAUUAAAAAAAAACUAAAAGCCGCCUAAAUGACUUAUAGGGUGCUGACUCAGGGUACUUCCUUGCCAAUCAUUUUCAUGCACGUGGAGAAAUAAGAGUUGACAAAUUGAUUUUUCAGUAGAUGGUAUUUCUUAUUUAGGAUUGUACGCUGGUAUUAUGGUUUGAGAUGGAAUGAUCUUUAUUGGGUUUGUACUUUUUGAUCCUUGAAAUAACUAAAAUUGGUUAUGUUUAACGUGAAAUUUUCAAACGUGAAUAUAAUGUGGUGUUGUACUUAGUAAUCGCAGAGAUCCAAAGAUCUUUCUUUUUAGAGCUGGAUUUGGGGUUUUGCUAAUAAGAAAUAUAUCCCCCAAUAUUUUUGGUCCUUCUGUUGAAAAUUUUAUAAAAUGAUUAAACAGAGAUUGCAGCCGUGGAAAAGAUAUUCUGCUAUAAAUUGAUGUUUCAACUCUGCCAGCUGUCCAUGGUUUCUGUGAUCCCACUUAUAAAAGUAGAAAGUGAAGGGGCCAGCUCUCAAUGUUGCAAGAAAAAAUAGACCAUUUGGAACGUUUGCUAGCUGAGAAUAAUGAGAUCAUCUCAAAUAUUAGAGACUCGGUCAUCAAUUUGAGUGAGUCUGUGGAGGAUGGUCCGAAAAGUUCACAAGGCAAUUUCAGUCAAGGUGCUGGCUCACAUCUUCUGUCAUCGCAACAAUUAUCCCUCCCAGUCGACCCUCAGGACUGUCCGUUUGCUUCACGAAGUGGAAGUCAGAAUUCAGAUGUGCAGAUGUUGGAUGUUUACAGCCUGAUUCCUUUUGACAAUCCAGAUGGUGGAGUUUGGAAGCAAGGAUUUGACAUUACUUAUAAAUCUGACGAAUGGGAUGCUGAGCCCCUUCAAGUCUUUGUGGUGCCUCAUUCCCAUAACGACCCAGGUUGGUUGAAGACUUUCGAUGACUACUUUAGAGACAAGACUCAGUAUAUUUUUAAUAACAUGGUCGUAAAGCUGAAAGAAGACUCAAGGAGGAAAUUUAUGUGGUCUGAGAUCUCUUACCUUUCAAAGUGGUGGGAUGUAAUAGAUAAUCAGAAGAAGGAUGCUGUUAAAAGUUUAAUAGAAAAUGGUCAGUUUGAAAUUGUGACAGGUGGCUGGGUUAUGCCUGAUGAAGCUGCUCCACAUUAUUUUGCCUUAAUUGACCAACUAAUUGAAGGACAUCAGUGGCUGGAAAAAAAUCUAGGAGUGAAACCUCGGUCCGGUUGGUCUAUUGAUCCUUUUGGACAUUCACCAACAAUGGCUUAUCUUCUAAAACGUGCUGGAUUUUCUCACAUGCUUAUCCAGAGAGUCCAUUAUGCAGUUAAAAAACACUUUGCAUUGCAUAAGACGCUGGAGUUUUUUUGGAGACAGAAUUGGGAUCUGGGAUCUGUCACAGAUAUUUUUUGCCACAUGAUGCCCUUCUACAGCUAUGACAUCCCUCACACUUGUGGACCUGAUCCUAAAAUAUGCUGCCAGUUUGAUUUUAAACGGCUUCCUGGAGGCAGAGUUGGCUGUCCCUGGGGAAUCCCCCCAGAGACAAUAUAUUCUGGAAAUGUCCAAAACAGGGCUCAGAUGCUUCUAGAUCAGUACCGAAAGAAGUCAAAACUUUUCCGUACUAAAGUUCUCCUGGCCCCACUAGGGGAUGAUUUCCGCUACUGUGAACGCACAGAGUGGGAUCAACAGUUCAAGAAUUAUCAACAACUUUUUGAUUAUUUGAAUUUUCAACCUCAUUUAAAUGUUAAGAUACAGUUUGGAACUUUAUCAGAUUAUUUUGAUGCACUGGAUAAAGCAGAUGCAGCCAGUAGAAAUAGCCAAUCAGUGUUCCCUGUUCUGAGUGGGGAUUUCUUCACUUAUGCUGACCGAGAUGAUCAUUACUGGAGUGGCUACUUUACGUCAAGACCCUUUUAUAAACGAAUGGAUAGACUCAUGGAAUCUCAUUUAAGGGCUGCUGAAAUUCUUUACUAUUUCGCCCUGAAACAAGCUCAGAAAUACCAGAUCAGUAAAUUUCUUUCGUCAUCGCAUUACGUGGCACUGACAGAAGCCAGAAGGAAUCUGGGACUGUUUCAACAUCAUGAUGCUAUCACAGGAACUGCAAAAGACUGGGUAGUGGUGGAUUAUGGUACCAGACUUUUUCGUUCAUUCAUGAAUUUGAAGAAGAUAAUUGGAGAUUCUGCACUUCUUCUUAUUUUGAAGGACAAAUACAGCUAUCAGUUUUCUGAUGUCUUCCUAGAGAUGGAUUUGGAACAAAAAUCACAGGAUUCUCUGCCACAAAAAAAUAUAAUAAGACUGAGUGCAGAGCCAAGGUACCUUGUGGUCUAUAAUCCUUCAGAACAAGACCGGAACUCAGUGGUCUCAGUGUAUGUGAGUUCCCCCACAGUGCAGGUGCUCUCCCUGUCAGGAAAACCCAUGGAACUUCAAGUCAGUGCAGUUUGGAAUACAGCGAGUACUAUUUCACAAACAGCCUAUGAGAUCUCUUUUGUAGCACAUACACCACCAUUGGGACUGAAACUGUAUAAGAUUUUGGAAUCACCAAGUUCAAAGUCACACUUAGCUGAUUAUGCUCUGCUUAAUGGUAAAACAGAAGAUAAAGGAAUUUUCACCAUAAAGACUAUAGAAAGUGCUGAAGAAGCUGUAACUCUAGAGAACUCCUUUAUUAAACUUCGGUUUGGUCAAGCUGGGCUUAUGGAGGAAAUGAUAAAUAAAGAAGAUGGUAAACAACAUAAGGUAAAAGUGGAAUUUUCAUGGUAUGGAACUACAAAUAAAAAAGACAAAAGUGGUGCCUACCUCUUCUUACCUGAUGGGGAAGCCAAACCUUACGUUUACACAGCACUGACCUUUGUAAGAGUGACACGUGGAAGGAUUUAUUCGGAAGUGACUUGCUUUCUUGAACAUGUUACACAUAGAGUGCGACUAUAUAAUGUUCAGGGAAUAGAAGGACAGUCUGUGGAAGUUGCAAAUAUUGUGGACAUCAGAAAAGAAUAUAAUCGUGAGAUUGCAAUGAGAAUUUCUUCUGGCAUAAAUAACCAAAAUAGAUUUUAUACUGAUCUAAAUGGAUACCAGAUUCAAUCUAGAAUGACAAUGAGCAAAUUGCCUCUUCAAGCAAAUGUCUAUCCAAUGACAACAAUGGCAUAUAUCCAGGAUGCUAAACACCGCUUGAGUCUUCUCUCUGCUCAGUCUUUAGGGGUUUCGAGUUUGAAAAGUGAGGAACAUUUGGAAGCAGGGAGAAAAGAGUUCGAAAUUGUUGAGAGAUUGAUGAAGAAAAAUCAAACCAUCACUGGUCAGAUUGAAGUCAUCAUGGAUCGCAGACUCAUGCAAGACGAUAAUCGUGGCCUUGGGCAAGGUGUCCAUGACAACAAGAUUACAGCUAAUUUAUUUCGAAUACUGCUAGAGAAAAGAAGUGCUGUUAAUAUGGAAGAAGAAAAGAAUUCAGUCAGCUAUCCUUCUCUCCUCAGCCACAUAACUUCUUCUUUCCUGAAUCAUCCUGUCCUUCCAAUGACAGAAAAAGUCCCCUCACCCACUUCUGAGCUGCUGGACGAAUUCUCUCCAUUACUGUCAUCUUUGCCUUGUGAUAUUCAUCUAGUGAAUCUGAGGACAAUACAGUCAAAGGUGAGCGUUGGAUAUUCUGAUGAGGCAGCCUUGAUUCUCCACAGAAAAGGGUUUGAUUGCCGGUUCUCUAGCAGAAACACAGGGCUGCUUUGCUCCACUACUCAGGGAAAGAUGUUGGUACAGAAACUUUUUAACAAGUUUGCUGUUGAAAGUCUCACACCUUCAUCAUUAUCCUUGAUGCAUUCACCUCCAGACGCCCGGAAUAUAAGUGAAAUCAACUUGAGUCCCAUGGAAAUCAGCACAUUCCGAAUCCGUUUGAGGUGAACCUGGCUUUCAAAUUUGGAUUGGGAAACAUUGGUUUUUAUACCUUCUUGGUUUGACGUGCAAUAAGGAAGCACAUUAUUUUAGCUUCUGGCUACUGUGAGAAUAUGAAUUCUGUGAUUUUUUUUUUUAACCAGUACAGUUUGGGGGGGUGAUAAAAGCCAUGGUAUAAACCAGUGUUUAGUGUUGUUUUUAAGUUCCUUCCUUGAACUACUACCAUCAGUAUAAUCUGAUGAAAUAAAAGAAGAAAUGUCUAAAGACAACCUCUCAACAGAUUGUAUCUCAGGUUAAAUGCUAACUAAUUAUAUCUGUGUUGGGGGUUGUGAAGAGGUUCUUAUAAGUAUUCAUGUUGCUGAUGCUUUGUUUUAUGGAAAUUCCCAUCUGACCUAAAUGGAAUAAAAAGCUGGUGGGUAAUAGCUAAUGGCCAAAAUGGUUGCAAUUGUUCAUACAAGUUAGAAAAUUUGCGUGUUGAAAUAUGUGGAAAAGUGCAAUCCAUCAACCAUUAUAAUAUACAAAGUGGAUUUUCACACCCUUUGUAAGUAGUUCCGGAACUAUCAGAUUUUCAUUCAUUCAGCAGUAGAAAAAAAGAGGCAUAUUUUCAUUACUUGACAAUGUGGGAUAGGUGCAAUUUAUUCCAUUGUCACUAAAAUAGAAGAAGGAAAUCCAUAGGUACCAAAAACCUAUUUUGGGUACCACAAAGUGUCUUUUUACACAGCUUAUUUGAAUACAGGUGUUCUGAGAUGAGGUUUUCUAUUUUAAAAUUACCAUAUCAAAAUAAAUGUGCCUUAUUUUUUUAUAUGUCUUGUUAAAUCUUUUGGUGUCCAUAUUGCUGUCUGGGAGGGGGAAGGAUGAGGGAGUGAGGAGGGGGGGAUGGGACUUUCUAUGAUACAUAAAUUGUAUAAUUUUUGCCUGACAAUGCUGGCCACAUUCUGAUCUAUUUCAUUAAAUUUGUGCUGAUGUUGCUCUAAACAUUUUGACUAUUUGAAUGUACCGAGAUGUCAAAAAACAAAACAAGAAAGAAAAAUAUUGCUAAUUAAAAUAUGCUGCUGCCAAGGAAACUGCAACUUGAUGUAUGGAUUUUGUAGCAGGCAAAAUCCAGAUACUGUUUCCAUUUCACAGUAGAAAACCAUGUUGAAGAGAGAAUGCUUUAAAAUAGAGCCUGUUUUGAAACCCAGUAAUGCAUAACUCAUUAUGAUUUCUCUUAUUAAAAAAUAUGUCUGUUCAUUUCCAAACUUUUAUAUGUGCUGAACUCAAAGUGAAGUUCUACGCCCUUGUACCAUUGCAGUACUUUCAAUAAAAUGUAUUUGGGAUCAGUAUUUCCUUAACAUUAAGGUGAUAGCAACAUUAGCAACAUUUAGAGUAUUCACAGCUUAAGCAUAGAAAGACUCCUUUGAGUAUGUGCAAUUUUGAAAGUUCUCUUUGUGUUAACUAAUAGAUUUAGUCUUAUCCGGCUAUAAACUUCAAUUUACUUCCUGUCAUUCAAACAUCUUUAUAGACAAAGCCUAAUUUCUAUUUUACCAUGUAGUCUGAUUAUCAUCUUGAUUUUCACUUAAAAUGCAGCUCCCUAAGAUAUUUUGUUAAGUUAUGUUAAAUUCGUAAACUCCUUUUGCCUUUAAUACCUAAGGAAAUAAUACCAGUGUUGAUGAAGAUAUUACAAGAGGGUAAUUUCAUGCAAUAAACAUGUACUGUAAGUUUCCUUCCUAGUUUUUGGGGGAUAAACAACUAAAAUAUGAAAAGAAAAAAGCAUCCUUUUUGUGAACAUCUACAGAUGUUAGAAUUUCCAGAAGCAAAUCCCAGGAAUAGUACAGGUAUUUCCAUUGCUUCUUAAGUGUAAAACCUUCUAGGGGAGUUAACUGUGUCCUGUGGUUAAGUGGGUGUGCUUAAUUGUUCCGUAAAUUCUGAUCAGCUGAAAUAAAAAAAAUCUUGCUGCAAUAAUAGUGGUUUUGCCACUUCUGGUUUUGCCACUUCUGGUUGAGAUAUAUCUGUCCCAUGUCAGUCAGGGUCUUAUUCAGUGUAUGUUACCACUGGCUGUUCAAAGGUAAAGUAGAAAUUCUCUUUAACCUGCAGAUUUCUGCUUUUAAAAGUUAUUUUUAGAAUCUGUCAUCAGGGAAAUGAAGAGAGGAUGCUUUUGCUUUGGAUUGUGGUCAAGAACUGACUAAAUAAUUUAGUGUCUCCAGCAUAUACUAAAACCAUACAUUUCAGUUGUGGUCUUGGUAGUAUAUUUGUUUGCUUAAGUUUUGUUACAUUUAUUACCGCAGAUGUUCCGUUGACCAAAUAGUUCAUUAUUCUCUCUUGUCUUUUUUUUAUUAUUAUUAUUUUGAUUUGGGGUCAUAACUGCAGUGUUUGAGAACUCGGCAUCCUUGUUUUCUACAAAUACUGAUUAAAAUAAGAAGCUAGAAAAAUGUGUUGUACAACAUUGUAAUUAUCUUUCCAUGUCUUUAUUGUAUUUGUGCCGAAAUGUUUUCACAUGCCUUUGUCUGGAAAAAAAUCUUCACUUUCAUUUUGUUUAUGUUGAUCCCCUUGAAUCAACAGGUUUUGAUAUUUUCUCUUGGAAGAUUUUAUAUCUUUUUGGGAAUAUGUAAUAUAAGAUCUCUAAUAAAAGAUAAUCUUAUCAUGUGCAUGGUCCUCUAGAGUAGUUCUUAAUCCUAUUUUGUAAACAAGAUGGCUUCCAAAACCAUAAAACAAUAAAUUCCUCUUGUUAAACCAA